ACGUGCUAUACAGGUUUAGUUGUGGUGAUGACGUAAUCAGUGGUCUCUGAGUAGUUAUUUGUCUGUGGAGAGAGGUCCUGGGAACAACAAAAACAUUUCAAAAUGCCGUACGUGUCGGGAGGAAACGUACAAGAAAGCCGCAGUAUAUGGCGGCUAACGAUCAUACAAGAUGCGGUCUGGGGGAUAAUAAAUUUUGUCGUACUCUUCUUUCAAACGAUGUUUUCACCUGAUAUGACCAGGAGAGGAGUAUCACAGACGUCAGACUAUAGAUCAAAACCAGGUGGAGGACCACCCAGGCCACCUGGACGCAGAAUGGGUAGGAUUGGCGGCGGAGGAGGUGGACCUAGUCCCCCGCCAAUGGCUGGUGGUGGAUGAGGAAGGUAAAUGCUUGUUGUUUCACCAAACAACAAGCAAUGGAUCUUGGUACAGCACAGAAACAACAUUGUUGAAUAACAUAGUUAUAAAACAGUAUAUUUGAGGAAGAUUAAUGUAAAGAGCAUCAGUGUUGUAUAAAGAGGUCUACAUCAAUUUUUGGAUAACUGAAAUAGGAUGACAAACCAUCAUCUUAUCUAGUUUUCUUUUUGAAAUACCAUUCCAAUCUGAGCCAAAUUUAAUUGAGAACCAAUUCACAUUUAAGUUAUGGAUGACAUGUCUAAGGCUGCCACAAAUACAUAUCAAUAUCAACACAGGCCCCAGAUUGUAAUUGGUAUUUCACUAUAAAAGCCAUUAAUGAUAUCUGUUAGGCAAAGUCUUGUAAAUCACCCUAAUUGGAUUGAUGUAAUUAUGGUCUUUUGUAUUGUAAUAAUUUGUAUGAAAUAUAAUAUCAGCAAAA